AUGGAUGUGCAUGAAACCAGAAGUUCAUCCAACGACUUGUCCAGCGCGCCACCCAGCGAUGUUGAGGGCACUCCCGGACCUCCAAAUUAUCGUCCUGCACAUCGCGACUUGGGCCUAGCAGGUAAUCUUGGUGUUGCAAACAGUUUCAGCGCGCGACCGACCCAACCGACUACCGGUGCAAUUGCCAGUCCCUCACCAGCCACAGCUGCAGGUGCACGCCAAGACAACGCCGCAGCUGCGCCGCCUGCCAGGAGACCUCGCAAAAAGCGCGAUCCCAACACGCCAGAAGAGAAGAAACCACGGGCUGUUCGCAAGCCUCGAGGGACAGCCGCCAUGGCGACGGGCGGACGCAAGAAGGCAAAAUUAGAGGUACUCGAACCGGGCACCAACCUUCUCAUGCCUCGUCCCCAAAGUGCAGGCCUACAGACAUCCACCCUGGUGCAGCCCGUGUUGUUCUCGCCCCCAGGAGCGGCCGACAGCGGCCGAGAUGAAGCCGCCAAAUUUACCGGAUCUGGCCUCACGAUGCAUAAUCAACCGAUGCGCUCCCGCACACCCCCCCAGCGGAUCUAUGAAUAUCAACCACGUGAGCGUGAAUACGAGACCAAACCACAAGCCCCACCUCCACCGACUUCCCUUCCUAUUCAAUCCUCUCCUCCUCGCUCAAUGAGCAUGUACGAUCCCAUCAGAUCUGUUCAGCGACCAGUUGACACCAACCCGCCUGCUCCACCCUCCGUCCGACCCACUGUCACUCCUCCACGAAGGACCGACAAUCCAAGCACAUCUCCAACCAUCUCCAGCAUCAUCGAUCAUCCUCCGCAACCCGACAUCUCGACCACUACGACCGUGGUGAAGCAGCAGAUAAAAAUAGAACCUCCUCAUAAUCAGACUAAUGGCCGAAUAGUCGGAUCGCCUAGACUCAACGGCCAUUCGUCAGCGAUGGAUAUAGACCACAUCCCCCAGGAUCAACUGCAGCCCAAAAAGCCCGCCUCGUCGCGAAAAGCGGCGUCGGAAGCGUCCACUCGUCCCACUUCACCGAAGCCUGCUCGGGCAAAGGAACAGCCACCUCCACCUCCAAUGGGUUCUGGACUUUUGUCAGCCAGUCUGUUCGGUGGUGACUCAAGUAGCGACAUGGCAAAAGAUUCGGAAAAAGGUCCCAACAUUGUCCUACAUAUCGACUUGAAGAACCCUAGUAAUCGGGUCAUCAACUUUGCUCGGAUGGCUGAGGAAAAAUACGGGUUUGCGGCUCUAUACCCUCGUCAAGCCGCUCAAAAGGAACGGCUGGCUAAGAUCGCCGCCGCCGGGACUGCGCUCGAACGGUCAGCGUCAGGCAGCAAGUUUGGAGGCACGUCAGCCGGAGACAGCGGAGAUGAAGACCUCAGCGUCGACAUUGAGCGUGAUUCAGACAACGACGGGGACGUUGCCAUGUCCGGAGUCAACGGUGGACAAGAACCAGCCAACAGCGGGACUGAUGGGCCAGAGCCAAAACGUCGACGGCGGAGAAAGGUAGAGGAAUACGAUCAGGACGACCCCUUUGUGGACGACAGCGAAUUACUUUGGGAAGCGCAAGCGGCCGCCAGCAAGGAUGGAUUCUUCGUCUACUGUGGACCGCUUGUACCCGAGGGAGAAAAACCAGCUGUCGAGAGGGCGGAUGGCACCAUCAAGCGAGGCCGUGGCCGAGGUCGGGGCGGCGGUCCUGGUUCGCGCGGUGGAAGAGCAGCUGCUGGCGCUUCUGAAAGAGCCUCUGGGAGAGGUGGAGGGCCUGGAUCCCGGGGCGGGGGGAUCACACGAAAGCCUCGAAUCACGAAGGACGACCGAGCGCAGAUGGAAAGAGAAAAGCUCCAACGAGAGAAGAUGGCACCGCUGGUCGCCAAGCCGACCGCAUAUCCCGUUUGA